UUUUUCGUCGUAGUCACGGGUAGUUUUUCCUUUUGCCGGGGUGAGCAUUUAGAGGUGGCCGGAAUCCCGUAGCGCGGCAGAGUGGUUUCUAUUUCUCCGGGACAAAACAGGGCAGCAACUAAAAGAGAGGAAAAAAUAUGGGAGGACUGUUCAGCUACUUCCGGGGCCUGCUGGGGAACCGCGAGAUGCGGAUUCUGAUCCUGGGGCUGGACGGGGCCGGCAAGACGACGAUCCUGUACCGGCUACAGGUCGGCGAAGUGGUCACCACCAUUCCGACGAUCGGCUUCAACGUCGAGCAGGUCACAUACAAGAACCUCAAGUUCCAGGUGUGGGACCUGGGGGGACAGACCAGCAUAAGACCGUACUGGCGAUGUUAUUACAGCAACACAGACGCUAUCAUCUACGUAGUCGAUUCAGCAGAUAAGGAUAGGAUAGGCAUUUCCAAGGAUGAGCUUUUAUACAUGUUACGGGAGGACGAACUGGCGAGCGCGAUCCUGGUGGUGCUCGCGAACAAACAGGACAUGGAGGGCUGCAUGAGCGUAACCGAGGUGCACCAGGCGCUCGGCCUCGAGGCGCUCAAGAACCGAACGUUUCAAAUCUUCAAAACGUCCGCCACCAAAGGGGAGGGCCUGGACCAGGCCAUGGACUGGCUGGCGAACGCGCUGCAAUCGCGGAAAUAGCUUCUUUCUCUUUGUAACUUUUUUUUUCUUCAUUUCUUCCGUUCGUGUAUUUCCGUUUUUCCUUGUUUUUUUUUGUAGGCGCGUUUAUUUGAGUUUUUACCGGCCGACCGGCGUUUGUGAGAGAAUGAUGAUUACAAAGAUUAAAACAACAACAGAAACAAAGCAAAACAAACAAAACAGCAUAACUGACGAGGUAGAGAAAGCUUUCCUUUCUCGACCCAUUUAAUAUACAGAUUAAAGUAGAUUCAUAACGUGUGGCAACGUGCGCAAAACGGAAGCAUUAAGCAUUACUUUUGUUUGGUUAGAACAUUGAAUUAGAAUUACUUUGCAUCCACCAUCCGAGAAUAAGAAGCAGAAAAAACAGGAAUUUAACACGAUGGUCCACGACUAAGUUUAGUCAAUCUGUAAAAUUAUGAUUUAAAGUAAAAAAAAAAACACAGAAAACAACAUUUACACAGUCCUUCUUGAGGGUCGUUCAGUUUGCUUGCGCCGAGAGGCAUGCUGCCGUUGAAGGGAAAAGAAGAAGAUGAUUAUUCUUGUCGCAUUAAUUUAAAUUAUCUUAAAAUAAAAGUAAUAUAUACACAAAUAUAUGCAGCGAAAAAAUUA